CAAAUAGUUCUGCGUCAAUGUCGUCCGAUGAGUAUUGCGUGAGAAACAUUUAUAGUUAUUCAAGAAAAUCAUAUAAAAAUGACGCCAACAGCUCUAUAGAAGCUUUUACUGAAAGGAGAGGCGUUGAAGUACCAGAUAACGGUGCCGCUCUCAUACCCGUGUGUAGUUGCGAUAUGGAUUCUAAGGGAAUAAUUGAAGAUAUGCUCCAUAAAAAAUGUCCUAUCAAAGCACUAGCUUACCAGCAACGUCAACGAGUCGUAGAUGAGACUGACAAGAUUUUGUAUGAAAACACUACGUAUAGCAGGUCAUUAUACGACUUCCUGAUUUUCUUCGGAGAUGUCGUGAUCGGUGAGAACAGGCGAGUCUGUGCCCUGUUUCUUCUCAUUGCUAUUGCUUUUGUUAUCGGAAUCCUUUUUGGCUCGGCAACCUGUGGAACUCAUUUAAGGAAAUUCAACAGCCCAGUGUUCGCUUGCAUUGAUCACUUAUUAGCUAUUGACUCUAGAAAAACUAGUGACGACACUGCAAUCUAUUGACUUAAGUAUAUAAAAAACAAUUAUUAUAGAACAAGAUUUGGUUGCAGAAAUGCUUUAAGAAAAUAAAGUAUAAGUAAGAGCCACAAGAACAAACGCUAACUAAAAUUAGGUUCUACUUGGAAAACUGUGAAGACUUAAGGGGGCGACUAACCCUAAAAUGUC